CUUCCUCUCGAACAUUGAACGUAUCAUGCAACAGAACUACAUGCCGACUUUGGCUGAUAUUCUUCACAUUCGGAAAACUACAAUCGGUGUUCAAGAGUCUGUAUUCACGAUAAACAAUUUAUCCUACCGGUUUAUCGAUGUCGCUGGGCAAAAAAGUCAGCGUAAGAAGUGGAUCCCUUUCUUUGAAGGUGUCAGUGCCGUCAUAUUCUUUGCAGCUCUCAGUGCAUUUGAUGAAAUUCUUGAAGAAGAGCCUGCUAUGAACAGCAUGCAGGACAGUUUGCAAGCAUUCAGUGAUGUAGUCCAAAAUCGGUUUCUGGAAAAUAUGAACUUCAUACUUUUUCUAAAUAAAGAAGAUCUUUUCAUCAGAAAAUUAAAAUUCACGAAGAUGUCUAAAAAUUUUCCUGACUAUACAGGAGACAACUGCCCUGAACAGUGCCAGGAGUACAUCAAGGACCAGUUUCUGGAGAAGAAACCCAACAAGAAGAACAUCUACACUCAUAUAUCCUGUGCUGUCGAUGAGACAAAGAUGAGGAAUGUCCUGGAAAAUAUGCUCGAAAUGAUAGUUGAAUUCAACAUUCGAAAGUGUGGCACUUACUAAAGAAUUCUCAAACUAAAUCACUCUCUCUCUCUCUCUCAAUCUCUCUCUCUCUCACUAUCUCUCUCUCUCUCGCUUAUUUGGAUCACCUGUAACAACCUUCACUACUCUCACCACCACCACCGACACCAUCACCAACUGCCACCGCCAACACUACCACCAACACCACUACUACC